UGUUGAUGAGCCUCCAGAUUUGGCCAAACAAGUAGAAACACGGUCAAAACCGUCAACAACCUGGUCACUUCCUUUCUGGCUCCUCCCAAUUUUCCUCUCUACAUUCUUUUUUAUUGUAUAUAAACAACACCCACCAGCAGAUGUUGGAAGCAGUUAGAGUGUCCCCUUACAGAGAGGAGGCAUGGCCGGCGGGGUAAGGAGUGCAAAGCUGGGGUUUCUAGCAUGGCUGUGUUUCUCCACACUGGGAGCAACCCUUGGGGCGAAAGUACUGGUGGUGCCCGUGGAUGGGAGCCACUGGCUCAGCAUGAAACUCCUGGUGAAGGAGCUUAUCGUCCGGGGCCACGACGUGGUUCUCCUGGAGCCCGAGACCUCCGCGUUGGGCAAGGGAUUGGUCGGCUGCAGGAAUGAGAUCUACCCGGUUUCCUACACGAAGGAGGAAUUGGGAAAUGUUUUAAAACAACUCCAAGAGAACAUCUUCAUCAAGCUGCCCAAGAUCACCGAAGCGUAUGUCAAUGUGCAGAGAUUGAUCGACUACACCUCCAUCCACGUGAAGGGGUGCGAGAAUCUGCUGUACAACCAGGUGGUGAUGGGCCGUCUGCGCCUGGAGGGAUUCGACGUCGUGCUCACGGACCCGUUCCUGCCUUGCGGCUCUAUCCUAGCCGAGACUCUUUCCGUCCCAGUCGUGUAUUUUCUGCGUGGACUCCCGUGUGGUUUGGACGAGAUUGGCACGCAGUGUCCCUCGCCUCCUUCCUACGUCCCGCGCUUCUACUCCGGUCACUCGGACACCAUGACCUUUCCUCAGAGGGUUAAAAACAUGGUCAUGUAUGGGAUUGAGUCUGUGAGCUGCCGCAUCAUGUAUGCCAGCUUUGAUGAGCUGGCCAGCAGGUAUUUGGAAAAGGACAUCAGCUAUAAGGACCUCGUCCGCCACGGUGCCAUCUGGCUGCUCCGAUAUGACUUUGCUUUCCUCUUUCCAAAACCCAUGAUGCCCAACAUGGUUCUUAUUGGAGGCAUCAACUGCGCGAAGCCAUCUCCUCUGUCAGCGCACUUGGAGGAGUUUGUAGAUGGAUCCGGUGAUGACGGUUUCAUUGUUUUCACGCUAGGCUCCAUGGUGGACAAAAUGCCUGCAGAUAUGACAAUAGCAUUCUUAGAUGCCUUCAAGAAGAUUCCUCAACGGGUGGUUUGGAGGCAUACUGGUAUUUUACCAGAAGACGUGCCAGAGAAUGUAAAAAUAAUGAAGUGGCUACCUCAAAAUGAUCUCCUAGCUCAUCCCAAGGCUAAACUCUUCCUCACUCAUGGAGGCUCACAUGGCAUCUAUGAGGGCAUCUGCCACGGCGUUCCCAUGGUGAUGAUGCCAUUGUUUGGGGACCAGCCGGACAACGUUGAUUACAUGGUGGCCCGUGGAGUGGCAGUCGUGAUCGACGUGUUUGACGUUACCACAGAAAAAGUGCUGGAGGCCAUUAACAAAGUCGUCAAUGAUACAAGCUACAAAGAGAAAAUGGUGAAUCUCAUGUCAGUGCAUCAGGACCAUGCCGUAAAGCCCCUGGACCUGGCCGUGUUCUGGACCGAGUUCGUCGUAAGACACCAGGGCGCCGAUCACCUUCGGCCCGCAGCCCACAACCUCAACUGGAUUCAGUAUCAUAGCCUGGACACUCUCUGCUUACUGGCUGCUAUUGUCAUGACUAUCGCCUUCCUCGGGCUCAAAUGUUGCUGUUUCUGCCGCCGCAAGUGUUGCGUGAGAGUGGCAAAGAAGAAGAAGGUGUUGUAGAUUCAGGCAGGCACAUUCCGGCGAAUUAGGCAGAAUAAAGUGAUAUAGAGAAAUUAUAUUGGUAACAGAUGUAAGCGUUAUACUCACAUUUUAUGUGAGUAUAAAUACUCUCGAUUUUAUAAUAACAUUUUUAUAAAAUCGACUUCCAAACUGUUACGUGUUGGUCUGAAGUUAUUAAAUGAUCACAGGCCGCAUGCUUUUCAGCAAUUUUGUCAAUGGUUUUGAAUAAUUAGGGUUUGUUAUUUGCGCUUUCGGAAGCGAGUAACUGUUCCACAACACGUUCAUAGUACCGACAAUACCUCAACCGCAUCAUAUGGCUAUGGUAUAUUAAGAUUACUCAAGAACAAAUCGUUUUUGAUAUGGAAAUGAACUACAUGGCAGGAAAAAUAAGUGAAAAGUUGACUAAUCACAGUCUUCUUUUUGGCUGGAAUCAAUUGCUGGUCUGAAUUGUAUUCCUACUAAGGGAUGGGCCAACAUUCCUUUCCCUAACACAUAUGACCUGGCUACUUGAGUUGGACUGGUAACUGGAGGGUGGCCAGUUCGAAUCCUGAGAAAAAUCCACGGAUGAGGUGCCCUUGAGCAAGGCAUCUGAAACCCCCCUGCUCCCCGGGCGCUGCACCGCGGCAGCCCACUGCUCCGGUAGUGCCGGUGUGCCCCCAUGUGUGUGCCCCCAUGUGUGUGGACCUCUGUGAGUGUAUGUGUUCACCGGCUACCCGGAUGGGUCAAAAGCAGAGAAUGAAUUCCUAGUACCUGUGUACAUGGCGAAAUUAAAUAUAAAUAAAUACUUCGUGGGCUCUGAGAGACCUUGUUUAUGAAGGGCAUCAUAGGACUUUAAUAACCCUACAAAUGUGUCAAGAGUGAUAAUUCUCUUGACACAUUUGAUUGACUUAACUUGUACUGUGCAAGUCGAGGGCAGUUGUGAUGGAAAAUCUACAUGUUGUUACGUUUUUGGUCUAUCUAUGAACUUAAGUUGUGUUACUAUUUUGUGUGAUGCAUGUUUUGCCUGCCUUCUGCUCUCCUUUUGGGUCAUUUAAAGUGUGAACCUUCUAGGGUCGUGUGAUGCGUUUUUUAUUGUCUUCCUCUUCCUAUGUUUUCGUGUGUUGUAAAUCAGCCAAUCGUAAUGCUUUGAUGUCCUCAACCCCCUGGCUAACGUCAACGAGACCAGAAGGUCACUCACGGCCGCCGACCCCUCAAAUGACAUCGGGGGGGGCUUCAAUAGAAAAGAUUACCAUCUGGUAAACAAAGGCUGUUGGUUUUAUGGGGGGGACACCCCCUCCAGAUGCCAACCCAAGUGAAUAAGAACUCAUUACUUUCAAACACUCAGUGGACUUGUCUGAGCGUACCUUCAGAGAAUGAAGUAACACGCAAAGAGGAGCUCCCAUCUGAGGCCUCAGAUUAUUGUAAUGUAUGCCUGUUAUGUUGUUUGUUGAUGCAUGUUGUGAUGUAUCUUUGUUCGUACUUUUAAUACAAAUAUAUAUAACCACUAAUUGUCAA